GCUUGUACGAAUUGGAACUUGAUUCUUGCAUCACGUUUUCUAGCCCAGGGUUUUUAUCUCACUUUGCCUCUUUCAUUAGGAACUUUGGCAUCCAUGUGGUGUAUAUUUUGAAUGCGGACCCAGCAUUUUAAUCUGUUAUCAAGUGUGGUGGGCCUGGUGGCUGUAUGCUGUACAGCUGGUAUUGCCAAAUUAUUCACGGAACCGCAGCAGUUGAUCACAGCGAAGAAGUACGGUGUUAUCCACGGUGCCGUCCGCUAUCCCGACACCACCGCCAUGGAUACUGCGUCGUUUUUUAUCGUUAAUUCCUUGAAAAUUCCCGUAACUUUAACGGGACAGGUUGAGGAAUGCGAGGAGUGUCCAUUGGUCGCACUUGCAUCUGCGGCUCCUGGAAAGGAAUCUUCGGUCCUUGUUGGUACACAGUAUCGCUGGAAGUUUGCCGUGACCAACGGCAUCCAAGAUCUGUGCAGAUUUGAGCGGCGGCUGUGGGAAUAUGGAAGAUACCAUCUGACAGUGUCCACGGGACCCUUAAAUGCAACGAACUGUUCGGUUGUGGAAGAGGAGAACAGUCACAGCGCGUAUACGCCGUUGUACGUUCUUCUGGGGUUAAUAUUGGGAGGAAUAAUUAUUUAUAACGUUGGAGAGCGCCUGCUGAGGAGAUUCCGCUCAUCCCUACCGUCCGAGCAUCGUUUUGCAUUCGUUUCGAGUUCCGAGCGUUCCUCCUCCACAUCCAGCGAUGGCAGCAACGCCACACUGACCGCUCCGCCGCCCAGUCGGCGUUUGCGAUCGCUGGACUGUUUCCGGGGUUUAACGAUUCUGCUGAUGAUCUUCGUUAAUUGCGGCGCGGGCGGCUACUGGUUUUUAAAUCAUUCCAUGUGGAACGGGCUGAAUUUGGCGGAUUUAGUUUUUCCUUGGUUCUUGUUCAUUAUGGGCGUGGCCAUUAAUAUAUCCAUGCGAUCAGCGGCCCGCAAAACCGCCCAAAUGAGAACGUUGUGGUGGAAUAUUAUACGCCGGACGUGUUUGCUGUUCCUGUUUGGAUUGAUGAUUAAUUCUAUCGGAUAUAAAUCCGUUUGGGAGCUGCGACUGUUAUCUGUAUUGGGGCGAUUCAGUAUUUCUUAUUUCUUCGUGGCCGCAUGUGAACUAAUUUUCGUGCAGCGAAUGGAAACCGCGCAGACGGUUACGCGAUGGCGUUUCUUGCGCGAUAUCGUACCGUUCUGGCCGACGGCGUUGUUCAGCAUGCUGUUUCCUCUUGGUCAGCUGCUGUUUACCUUCCUUCUCCCAGUUCCUGGUUGUCCACGAGGCUACAUGGGUCCAGGUGGACUGCAUCACAACCGGGCGUAUGAAAAUUGUACCGGUGGAGCAGCGGGAUAUAUCGAUAGGUACAUUCUGGGGGAAAACCACAUUUACCAGUGGCCAACCUGCCGGGCUGUCUACCAGUGUAUCGCUUUUGAUCCGGAAGGAAUCCUGGGAUACCUCAACAGUACUUUUCUUGUGUUUCUUGGCGUUCAGGCCGGACGAAUUUUAUAUCUAUAUGACGAUCACAAGGAGAAGUUGAUCCGUCUAGUGGUGUGGGGCAUCGUGUUGGGCCUGAUUGCCGGUGGUCUGUGCGGCUUCUCGCAGAACGACGGCUGGAUACCGGUGAACAAGAAUCUCUGGUCGCUGUCCUUCAUCCUCACCACGGCCUCUUUCGGUAUGAUCCUGUUGGCGCUGCUCUACUACGUGAUUGAUGUGCAGAACGUCUGGAGUGGUACGCCCUUCCAUUAUCCCUCCGUCAACUCCAUUGUGUUGUACAUCGGCAGUGAAAUUCUGGACAACAUGUUUCCAUUUUGGUGGGGCAUGCCGCAAACGCAUUCCGGGUCGCUGUUUAUGGCGCUGUGGACAACGGGAAUGUGGUGGCUGAUUUCUGUCUGGAUGUACUGGCAGAAAAUCUUUGUGGCUUUGUAAAACAAACCGUCCGGUGUAUUUCUUCGAUGAUCUGUUGAUUAUUCUUUUACCCUUCCGAUUUCUCCUUUCGUUCUGUGCUCUUGCUGGGCGUAACCAGCCAUGUUUUGACUGUGAUUCUUCUUUCCCGGUUCCCGAGACUGUUGACUGGUAGUAUUGCGUGUUAACGAUGUUGAGAGUGUUCGUUUGUCUCUGUCAUCGGAUUAGCGAAUAUUCUUUUGAUUUUAACAGUGUUCUGGUGUAUGCUUACACCGAACUGAUCCUGUUUUAAACUGUAUUCGUAGUGUAAUAUAAAAUAAAAUAGUUACAAUGCGCAGUAUUGCAACUUUGCAA